AUGGAAAAUAAAAGAAAAAGAAUUAAACUUGAGUGCCUUAAGUGUGGUGGUGUAUUUAAUAAAGAUUAUCGUGCUAAACAUGAACGUCAGCAACAUAAUGGAAAACGAGUUUCAGUAAAGCAUUUCGGUGCACCAGAAAAUCCAUUCGAAGCUUCAAAAUACUUACAUAGAGCAUAUUCACCAACUAAAACCAGCACAAGUUCUACUAUGGAAAAUAUUCAAAACAUUGAAGAAAAUAAUGUUGAUACAUGCACAUCUGUUGAAAAAGAUCCAAUUCAAUUAGAAGUAACCAAAAAUACCACAACUUGCACAACUUACUUACAACCUACUUCAGAAGAAGAAAACUGUUUUAGUGAAACUAUAGAAUAUCUUUUGGAUGUAUUAGAAGAUGAUUGUGCCGUUUUAAGCAGUAAAAAAAAUGAAAAUGAUCUUGAUACUAAAAAUAUUAAUAAUCAUAGUGAAAACACUGAAUCUUGGAUUGAUUGUGUAGGUAAACUUUCAUCUUUAGUACAAAUUAUAAAAGAAUGUAAAUUGCUUCUUAAAAAAGUGCAUGAUGAUGAUAUUCCAAAUCCCAUUCAUUUCUUAACGAUGAGUAUUGAAUUGAUUUCUUCUGUUAAAGAAAAGUCAACUAUGUAUAUACAAUCUGCUUCUAAUGUUUUAUCUAAAGAAUUUACUUCAAAUAAAUUAUUUUCAACAAAUGAAAAAGUAGUUGAUAAAUUAUUAGACCAUGACCCUGGUAAACGAGGAAAAGUCGAAUCUGCUUCGCAACGUAAUUAUUUAUUAAGUCUUGGACCUUAUCAGCCUCUUGAUUAUACAUUUCCAACUAAUUACGACAUAACUAAAGGAAAACAAAGACAAUUUAAUUCAAGUUGGUUUAAGGAAUAUCCUCAUUUGGAGUACAGUAUUAGUUGUGAUGCGGCAUUCUGUUUUAUUUGUUCAUUAUUUCCAAAUGGACCAAACAGAGCACGUGCUGAAAAUAGUUGGACAGUGAUUGGAGUUAGAAAUUGGUCGAAAAUGAAGUCAAGGGGUAAAGGGAAACCAGGGAAAUUGGAAUUACAUUUCUCAUCUAAUGCGCAUAAAUCAGCUUUAGUUGAUUUUAGUUACUUCACUUUAAAUUGCAAUCAUAUUGAUAAACUGCUAAAUAAAGAAAACAGACAAGCUGCUAUACAAAUAAGUGCACAAAAACAAUUUCAUAAAGAUGUCAUUAAAAUAUUAUUUGAUGUAACACGCACAUUAGCACGACAAGGUUUAUCAUUCCGAGGAGAUGGAGAUGAAAAUAAUGGUAACUUUAAGCAAAUAAUAUUACUUCUCUCACGUCACUGCCCAACUAUCAAAACUUGGUUAGAAGAAACUGCAUUUCGUCCAUAUCAUGUAACUUAUAUGAGUCACGAUUCACAAAAUGAAUUUAUUCAUCUACUAGCAAAUGAAACAAAAAAAAAAAUUGUAUCAGAAGUAAAGAGAGCUAAAAUGUAUUCUGUUAUGGCAGACACCACGCCUGAUCUUUCAAAUCGUGACCAAAUGUCUGUGUGUGUUCGAUAUGUAGAUACAAAUUCAAAAGUGUGGGAACGAUUAAUUGAAAUAACAGAAACUCAAGAUAAAACUGGAAAAGGUAUGGCAAAUAAAAUUUGUGAAAUAUUAACAAAAAAUGGAUUACAUCUUGAAAGUAUAGCUUUUCAAUCAUAUGACUUUGCUUCUAAUAUGUCAGGUCAUUUACAAGGAACUCAAGCAAUGCUUUCUAAAAUAGUUGGUCAUAAUAUACCAUAUAUUCCAUGCCAAGCACACCGUUUAAACACAUUUGUGGAACACAGUUGUGAUGCCAGUAUUAUUGUUGCUGAAUUAUUUAACACAUUAGAGUCCUUAUAUGUAUUUUUUUCUUCAAGCACUAAAAGAGGUGGAUAUCUACAUAAAAAGUUGCUUGAGAUUGAAGGGUCAUUAAAACUUCGCAAUUUAUCAAAGACCAGGUGGACUGCACGUGCCGAGUCCCUUAAAGCAGUUUACACUUCAUAUGAAAUAAUUAUAAGUGUUCUAAAUGAUCUGACAACAGAUAAAACCAUAGACCAAAAAACUAAAAUUCAAGCUCUAGGAUUAGAAAAAAAGUGUUUGUCAUUUGACUUCAUUGUUAGUAUGUAUACAAUGAAAACCAUAAUGUAUCAAAUGAAAACACUGACAGAACAAUUGGAGGCUUCAGAUCUCAAUAUCGUUGAUGGUAUUGUGUUAAUAGAGUGUGCAGUAAGAUCAUUAGAAGAAAUCCGAAAUGAUACAGACCAAUUAAAUAAACUCAUAUCAAGUGCCAAAGUAUUUUCAUUGAAAAUGGAAGUGGACCCAAUUGUUGAUUUUCAGAGACAUCAUAGGAAACGGUUGAAUCCUAAGAAAAUUGAUUCCAAUUCCAAUACUCAAGCUGAUUUCACAUUAGAAUCAUUUUAUCGAAAAGAAUUUGGUCAAGUGUUAGAUACAUUAAUAAAUUUAAUGGCAGAAAAUUUGAAGUCCUGUCUUUCUUCGGUUCAACCUAUCUACCAUAUUUUAUCAGUUCCAUUAAAAUCGACCAUUACAUUAGAAGAUAUAAAGAAAGCUUUUUCUUUAUUCCCUCCAGGUUCAGAUUUGUCUAAGGUAACUGAUUUUGAUGGAAUUCUGUGUGAAAUAAAUAUAUUAAGACUUAAUACAGACAAUGAUUAUAAUAACACAUUAAAAUCAAUUAUGGAAUCAAGUAAUAAAUUGAAAACUGUUAUACCAUCAGCUAAUGCUUUAUGUCGCUUAGCAUAUACAUCACCAGUCUCUACAGCUACCAAUGAAAGAGUAUUCAGUAUUCUUAAGUUUGUAAAAAAUCAUUUGCGAACAACAAUGACUGACGAGCGAUUAGACAAUCUUAUGGUACUGAACUCAUCCAAGGAUAUUCUGGAUGAGAUAGACAUGACAACAAUGAUAGAAAGUUGGGAAACCCUUAAGGAACGACGAAUAAAUGGAAAAACGGGCAUUCCAGGUUUCCCAGGUGUAAGUGGAAUACCUGGGCAAAUGGGCCCGCAAGGAAUACCGGGUAUCCCUGGCUUAGACGGAUGUAAUGGAACAGAUGGAAAUCCAGGACUUCCUGGAUCACCAGGAGCUAUUGGACCUCGUGGGUACCAAGGAAUAACCGGUGAAAAAGGUCUAAAAGGAGAACCUGCCCAAACAUCGAUACACAACAAAGGUCAAAAAGGAGAGCCUGGUUUGGAUGGAGAUCGAGGAUUACCUGGAAAUCCCGGGAUCCAAGGGAUACAAGGUCCUGUUGGACUAAUAGGAGAAAUUGGAAUAAAAGGAAAUCAUGGAGUCCCAGGCCUAAAAGGAGAAAAGGGAAAUAUGGGUCUUGGGUUUGAAGGUACUAAAGGAGAAAAAGGCCAUAAAGGAGAACGUGGUCCACCAGGACCACCUUUGCCAAACUCAUUAAGUUUUGACAAAUUCAAUACAACAGUUGGACCACCUGGUGUACCUGGUGAAAAAGGAAAUGCGGGUGAAGAUGGCGAGCCUGGGAUGAAAGGAGAACCAGGAAUGAUUGGUGAUCCAGGAAACCCAGGUGAUGUUGGUGAAAAAGGAGAAAAGGGCUUAAUCGGAACUGCAGGACCAAGAGGUCGUGAUGGCAACCAUGGACCCGCAGGACCUGCAGGACAAAAAGGUGAUCGAGGAAUGGAUGGCUUGAAUGGAUUACCAGGACGACCAGGGCUUAAAGGAGAACCAGGAUUGGAUGGUGCACCAGGAGCAGCUGGGUUGCGAGGACCUCAAGGACAACCAGGGGGUGGAAAAGGCAGACCAGGUCUGCCUGGACCUCAAGGACCGCGUGGAUACCCUGGACCUACAGGUCCAAAAGGCUUAGACGGUAUUGACGGCCAACCUGGUCCUCCCGGUCCAAAAGGAAAUAUUGGAGGUCAAGGAGUACCAGGAUAUAUAGGCCUAGAAGGUUUACAAGGAGAAAAAGGAACAAAAGGAGAACCAGGGCUUACAGGUUUACCCGGAGAAUCUGGUCAAAGAGGUUUUGCUGGCGCACAAGGCCCACCUGGACCUCGAGGAUUUGUUGGUGAAAAGGGUGCUUCAAUUGUCGGUCCUAAAGGAUUUGAUGGUGUUGAUGGAAGAGAUGGUGAAAAAGGACUUAAAGGAGAACGUGGUUAUCAGGGUGAACGAGGGUCUCCAGGUGAUUCGCCAACUGGUAUUGCUGGGCCACCAGGUGUUAGGGGUGCUACUGGGGAGAAAGGUGAUGAUGGCAGACCAGGAAUCCCAGGAAUUCCAGGUCGAGAUGGGCCAAAAGGUGAAAUAGGUGGACGUUGUCAAGGCUGCAGUCCAGGAGAAAAAGGUACUAAAGGUGAACCUGGAUUAUAUGGAACUCCAGGGUUGAAGGGACCACGAGGGCCACCCGGUGAAAUAGGAUAUCCGGGUGAGCCAGGCGCUGAUGGAUUAAUCGGACAAACUGGUGAACCUGGUGCUGCUGGAGUAGAUGGUGCACAGGGCGAAGUUGGUCCGCCAGGUGAAAAAGGCGCAAAUGCAAUAAUACCUGCUAGUUGGUCAUAUACUCAAAAAGGAGAACCUGGUCCUCGUGGAGAUCCUGGAAGGGAUGGCUUACGAGGAGCAGAUGGACUAAACGGGCCUGAGGGAAAACCAGGUAUGGAUGGAUUACCUGGAAUAAAUGGAGAAAAAGGUGACAGAGGAUUCCCAGGUUCUGAUGGUACACCAGGACAACCAGGAUAUCUCGGAUCCAAAGGAGAAAAAGGAAUUAGCAUUAAAGGAGAACAAGGAACCCUCGGAAGACCUGGAAUGAGAGGAGAUAAAGGAGAGCCUGGAUUAACGGGUCAAAAAGGAACUCCUGGUAAUUGCGAAAUCAUGAAUAUUGGGAAAAUCCAAAAGGGCGAACCUGGAAGUCAAGGAGAAAAAGGUGAACCUGGUACACCAGGUAUUGAUGGUUAUCCGGGAGAAAAGGGAUCAAUAGGACCAAUUGGCUUAACAGGACCAGUAGGACCAAGAGGAAUUCCAGGUCUUGUGGGCCCCAGAGGACAGCCAGGUAUUCGCGGAGAAAAAGGAAAUACUGGACCAAUGGGUUUCCUUGGUGAAGUUGGACGUGAUGGAGAAAGAGGAUAUCCAGGAUUAUCUUCACCUAAAGGAGUCAAAGGUGAACCUGGUAUACCCAUAGUUGGGCCAAAGGGUUCAGAAGGAUUUCCAGGCGAAAAGGGCGAGAGAGGUCUGCAAGGGCCAUUUGGAAGACCAGGACUGUCCGGUGAACCGGGAACUCCUGGAUCGCCUGGUGAAAAAGGAAAUCAAGGUGAACCUGGUUUAGAAGGAUUGACUGGACAGCCAGGAACCAAGGGUGAACCCGGCCCUGUUGGACCAAGUGGACCCCCUGGUAAUGAUGGCCUACCUGGUAUAGAUGGUCCAAAAGGUGAAACUGGAUUACCUGGUGAGCCAGGUAGACAAGGACUGCAAGGGUUCCCUGGACCAAAAGGUGAUACCGGACCAACGGGUCCAGAAGGUCCUAAAGGAUUUUCAGGAUUCAGAGGAAUGCCAGGAGCAUUCGGAAAACCUGGAAUCGAUGGAAUGCCAGGAGAAAAGGGUGAUAAAGGAGAUACUGGAUUACCUGGAAUCAGUGGGCCACCAGGAGAAGAUGGUUUGCCAGGACCACAAGGAUAUAGAGGUGAAAAGGGGGAUAUAGGUUUUCCUGGACCCCCUGGUGAAACUGGAUUACGUGGUUUGCCAGGUCCUAUGGGUGACCGAGGUCCUUUAGGAUUACAGGGUUUAAAAGGAGAACCCGGUCCAGUAUCAGAAAAGGGACAGAAAGGAGAGCCUGGUGAAUCCGGUCUCAGAGGAGCACAAGGACUACCAGGAAUGGAUGGUUUACCCGGAAUGAAAGGAGACAUUGGAUUCCCAGGUAUUGGAUUACAAGGAUGGUCAGGACAAAAGGGAGAACCCGGUACGCCUGCAUAUGAUGGACGGCCUGGAAAUGAUGGUGAAAAAGGAGUUGCUGGAGUUGCUGGUGUUCCAGGAAUGAAAGGUGACACGGGACCUCGAGGAGUUCCAGGAACACCAGGGCCUCCGGGAAUGGAUGCUUUAGACGGAAUGAAAGGCAGUGCAGGUUACCCAGGAAUUCCUGGACAAGAAGGUGAAAAGGGGGACAUUGGGUACCCCGGAAUACCAGGAUUAGACGGAGAGAAAGGAGAACGAGGAUUACCAGGAUUAAUUGGACCAAAUGGAUUAAGAGGACCCAUGGGAGAUAAAGGUGAUCGAGGAUUACCAGGUCCUGCAGUUGAUAUUAAAGGAGAUAAAGGUGAACCAGGGCCACCAGGUUUUCCAGGAAUACCUGGUUCAGCAGGACCCGUCGGACUUGAUGGACCACCUGGAAUUGAAGGAGAAAAGGGUGACAUGGGAAUACCAGGUGCAACUGGUUAUCCGGGUCCUUCUGGUCCAAGAGGCGAAAAAGGUAAUGUUGGUCCUCAAGGACUGCCAGGCAUUCCCGGAACAACAGUCAAAGGAGAAAAGGGAUUACCAGGAUUAUUGGGUAAACAUGGCAGAGAUGGACUUUCUGGAUUAUCGGGAGAGAAAGGUGACAAAGGACUACCAGGAUUACCAGGAUUGCCUGGUUCUGUGGGACCAGUUGGUUUCCCCGGUUCACCAGGUGAUGUUGGAGCGAUUGGACCACCAGGCUUCCCUGGAUCUCCAGGAUCAGACGGAUUUCCGGGUAUACCAGGAAAAGAUGGCCCGCCAGGAUUAAUGGGAUUCAAAGGAGAACCAGGAAACCCCGCACCUUAUGGUGAAAAAGGAGAUAAGGGUGAUGUAGGUUUUGCAGGGGAACCAGGUUAUCCUGGAUCUAAAGGUGAUAAAGGAGAUAGAGGUUAUCCAGGGCUUGAAGGAAUACAAGGUGUUCAAGGUUUACCAGGUGAAAGAGGAAUGGUUGGAGUUCCAGGAAAAUUAGGUAUGCCUGGAAUCUCUGGAAUCAAAGGUGAUAAAGGUGAACCAGGUUUGGCACCUCCACCGGGAUCCAAAGGAGAGCGCGGAUUACCUGGACCUGUUGGUUGGCCAGGUGAAAAGGGAGAUCCUGGCACUGAUGGACUUCCUGGCUUAGACGGAUUAAAAGGAAAUAUGGGUGUUCCUGGUUUGAAUGGUCCAGUUGGUCCUCCUGGUUCAGAAGGUGAAAAGGGUGAACCGGGAAUAGAAGGGCCUCCGGGCUUACAGGGACAACCUGGUCUACGAGGAAACGACGGAGUUCCUGGUAAAUCUUGUGAAUCAGAACCAAAUUAUUCAACUGGAAUUUUAUUGGUAAAACAUAGUCAAAGUUCUUCGAUACCUCAAUGCGAACCAAACCACGCACAACUCUGGGAUGGAUUUAGUUUGUUAUAUAUUGAAGGAAAUGAAAAAGCCCACAAUCAAGAUUUAGGAUUUGCUGGUUCUUGUAUCCGGAAGUUCUCCACCAUGCCAUUCUUGUUCUGUGACUUUAACAACGUAUGCAACUACGCCAGUAGAAACGACAAGUCGUAUUGGCUCAGCACCAAUGCACCGUUACCGAUGAUGCCAGUUGAAGAAAGCGAUAUUCAAAAAUACAUUUCCAGAUGUGUCGUAUGCGAGGCUCCUGCCAACGUGAUUGCCGUACACAGUCAGGCCUUAACGAUUCCUGACUGUCCUAAUGGUUGGGAAGGUUUGUGGAUUGGAUACAGUUUUGUAAUGCACACGGCCGCGGGUGCGGAAGGUGGCGGUCAAUCACUAGCCAGUCCGGGUUCGUGUCUGGAAGACUUUAGGGCCACGCCAUUCAUCGAGUGUAACGGGGCGCGAGGAACGUGCCAUUAUUUCGCUAACACUAUGAGUUUUUGGAUGGCCACCAUCGACCCUGAUGAACAGUUCACAAGCCCCAAGAGGCAAACGUUGAAGAAGGACGAUAGUCGUACUCGCAUCAGUAGAUGUCAAGUGUGCAUACGAACAACAUAG